AUGACUGAAUCCAAGAAUGUUGCAUUGGUCUUUGGAGCCAGUGGUAUCUCAGGCUGGGCUGUCACCAAAUGUUCUCUCUCGUACCCCACACCUACCACUUUUGACAGAGUGAUCGGCUUGACGAAUCGGCCAUUGUCUCUAGAGAAGAGCGGUUUACCGCAAGACCCUCGACUGGAGUUACAUUCCGGGAUAAACUUGCGGGGAAGUCUCGAUGAAGUCCUCUCUCAAUUGGAAGACGAAAUUUCCAACUUGGAAGAGGUCACUCAUGUAUAUUAUCUUGCCUACUCCAAUGCAACGGCAUACUCUGUGGAUGUGAUGGCUAUUCGAGAUAUCAACGAGGGGAUGACUUAUAAUGCCGUGCAUGCCGUCGAUAGACUGUGCAAAAAUAUGAAGUUCUUCGUACUUCAAACUGGAACAAAUAAUUAUGGAGUAGCUGUGUUUCGCUUCCAAGAACAUAUCGAGAUUACCCCUCCUUUGCGCGAGGAUAAUCCACGCAUUUCUUCUCCUUGGGGAGACGAGAUCUUCUACUAUGCACAGGUUGAUUUGGUCAAGGAAGCCAAUAAGGGAAAGUCUUGGAAAUGGUGCGAGGUUCGACCUGAUCAGAUCGUUGGGCACGUUCCAAUUCCUACAAGCAUGACCUUCGUCGAACCUCUUGCGCUCUACUUGGUUCUCUAUCGUUACGUGAAUGGUCUUGGUGCCACCGUUGCCUUUCCAGGAUCCUAUGCGACCUACAUGCACACAUUUACGCCAUCAUCACAGGAUAUAAUCGCCCGCUCGGAGCUCUAUUUGUCUGUCGAAAAGCCAGAUCAAGCUCAUGGAGAGGCAUUCAACACUGCCGAUAAUGACACUGCUGCACCAUGGUCGGUCGUAUGGCCUAGAAUGUGUGAAUAUUUUGGACUCAAUGGCCAAGGGGCAAGCCCCGAGGAGAAGAUCUGGAAGAAUAUUGACAAGUGGUGGAUCGCACAUCAAGAUGACUACGAGAGAAUGUGUGAACAGUACGGACUGCAACUUCGCAGUAUUUCUGAGUAUACAUGGAUGUUCCUUUCAGUGGCUGUUGCUAUGUUGGACCGCAACCGAGAGAUGAGCUUGAAUAAGAUUCGAAGUGUAGGUUUCACUGAGGAAUAUCCAGUUGCGGAUGGAUAUUUUAAAGUCUUUGAUCAUUUUGUCCAAGAGAAGAUCAUUCCUAGCAAGGAAUCUUGGACUAAACAGAUUGCAUAG